AUGGCCGGCGUGCGCCUCGUUUUCACCAAGGCCUUCAUGGUCACAGUGCUUCUCACCCUGUUGCUGAACAUUGGCGUGAAACCUGCAGAGGGUCAAUUUUCAGCUUGCAGUUUCUCAAGCAGACCACACCCCCGUGGGAUUUGUGGCUCGGAUCUGGCCGACCUCCGGGCGUUCAUAUGUUCGAGGCGCAACCAACCGGCAAUGGUCAAGAGGGACGCAGAAACAGGCUGGUUACUGCCUGAAACCAUGGUCAAGAGGAAUGCACAAACA